GACAUUCAUCAUUCCGCCGACGGAUCAUUCAAACCACGAAGUUCGCACGCGAAGGAAGAGGAUUCUUCAACCAACUCGGUGGAAUUCACUUUACUUACUCCACUUGUGCCGAAAGUGGUUUGUCAGAGAGAGUCCUUGCGGGGAGAAGCAGUUCCAGUUCAAGUGAAUUCUGGACAUGGCCAUAUCCCCACGACGGACGAUGAAGCUUUGUGGGUACACGAAGGAUUUCAAGCGUUUUCUCGGGUGAUUUUAAGCACAUAUUGCAGAUUUCGUUUUACGUUGUGGGGCUGUUGAGGGAAUUCGAAAGGCAGGUGGAGUUGGGAAUAUGGGGAGAGAAACCUAAACAUGGAGCAGUUUUAUGGAGAGAAGCCAUCACCGGGAGUGGAGCUCGUUGUGUUUGCUUGUCACGAUCGCUGGAGAUUGUUCCUGAGAAGAGUUGUAGACAGUUUGGUGGGAGCGUAGGAGGUUGGUCUGUGUAAAGGUUAGAGCUCUUGUUGUGAAGUUGGAAAAGGAUGGUGCGCCCCUUUUUGGAAUUUCUCGUGUCUCGAUUUGUGCACGUGCACCAGCAUGAAGUCCCUGCUUUGCUCCAUGCUUUCUCGGCAUUCUUCUUUUUGCUGGGUGCAUACUUUGUGGUCCUACCGCUACGAGAUGAGGCAGCUUUGUCACUGGGUACUGGUGUUUUGCCAGCCCUCUUUCUGGGAUCUUUGGUGCUCACCAUGCUAGCGGCUCCAGCCUCGUCCUAUUUACUCUCACUCCCAGGUCUGCCCAAGAGCAAGGCUCUUGUUAUUUUGUACAGGUUUUUUGGCGGUUCACUCCUCGUGUUCUUUCUUCUUUAUGUUCCCGUUCCUGCCUCGCAACUAUCAACAAUUACGGAUGCGAGCCUGCCUGAUCCCUUGAAACCUGGAGAUGGCGCAGCUAUUACAGAUGCCGACUCGGUGUCUCCCACAAGUUGGCAUAACCUUUCUUGGUAUUUCAUCGGAGUUCGUGGUGGUUUCUUCCUUUGGAUUGCACUAUUAAAUCUAUUCACCAUUUCAGCGAUGUGGGCACGUGUCACUGACGUUAUGACAAGUGAGAUGGGGACUAGGCUUUUUGGCUUCAUUGGUGCUGGGGCAACAUUAGGCCAGCUUGUUGGAUCGUUGCUGGCUGUUGGUUUGGCUCGCCUUGGACCAGUGCUGCUUCUGUUAGCUGCAUUUUUGAUGGAGCUGGCCGCAAGAUGUUCAUUAGGUGUCGGUGAAGAUGGUCUACAUCGCAUGUCUGCAAUAGCAAGCAACCCAAGUGAAGGUGAAGGUGAGCCGUUGGUAAUACUUACCGAACAUACAAACAAGGCUGGAUCUUCGGAAGAUUCUGCUACAUUGUUGCAUACCACUGCAAAUAAAUUAGCUUCUUUGUUGGAGGGUGUACGGCUUAUUUUCUCCUCGACAUACCUUCUCCAAAUCUGUGCGUUUUUGUGGUUGACAGCGGUCGUGUCAUCAUUUUUUUAUUUUGAGAGAUCAGCAGUUGUUGCAGAUACUACUCGAGACCCGAUAGGAAGGAGAAUUCUACUUGCUGAAAUUAACAGUUUGACAGCUAUAUUUAUUCUGACCGGCCAACUUACGGUCACAGGUCGACUUCUAUCCAAGCUUGGGGUCACAGCAGCUCUUUGUGCACUUCCUGUGGUGGCACUUCUCAACUUAAUAGCAAUCUCUGCGUCACCAACUUCAAUCGUGAUAGCAAUUUCUGAGGCUGUUCGGAAGGUUACGAACUAUGUAAUAACACGGCCAGCGAGGGAAAUCCUCUUUACGGUGACUACUCGUGAAGACAAGUACAAAGCUAAGGUGAUCAUUGACACCUUUGUGCAAAGACUAGGAGAUGCGGCUGCAGCCGGGGUGUACAAAAUGACCGAGGCCUUGCUGCUUCACGCACCUUCUGCUAUUGCAACUUGUGCUUUUCCGCUAUGCGUAGGUUGGCUGUGGGUUGGAGUGGCUCUUGGACGCCGACAAGCAUUGCUUUCUAGGAUGUUAGAAUCUUCCUCUUCCAGCUGAACAGGGGGAUUCGCAAUUGGUCUUCCAUUCCAUGACCCUUACGCUCCUAAAAUGGUAAGGAAUUGCAUUCUUCUUGCAUGCCCCGAGUAUUACUGGAGCAGCUACCUUGUUUGAUUGCACUAGGUGGAAAGGCUGCCAAAAUAUCUAAAUUUUGGUUGUGACGACGAGAAAGCUCGCUUUGAUUUUACUGAAGAGGCAUGUCUCCAGAGCUACUAGUCGUCUUGUUGAAUAAGAACUUGUCCUUCACUUAAAAGCAUUUUACACUGGUGCUGGUUGCCAAAUAUAUUGUUAGUUCUGGAUUUGCCCUCACAAAUGAAUCUGCUGCGCACAAGGAUAGGGGGCGUUCGAACAGCUGAUUGGAGCUUUGGGCUGGUCAUUGUGGUAAUUUUUGUCGUGGUUUUGAGAUAUUGUGUAAAAUGGUUUGGCAAUUGCCAAUUACUCUAUUGGCUGAAGAUUUGGAAUCAUUUAUUCAAGUCUCGGCACUAGUCAUUUGUGACUCGCUCAAGAUCCUCUAAUUUUUCAGGCAUUAUUCUUCUUAAUUAUUGUAGGAUAGCAAAAGUACAGAUCACAAAUGCCUGUAAGAUUUCUACUUGGUAAUCUAUGGUCUCCAGUUGCCUCUUUGCAUUCUUUUUGGCCUUCACCUUGGUUAACGACGGAGCCUUGACAACCACAACCAAUGUGAAGCCUUUGUGAAACCAGCCUGGCGCUCAAAUGCAUCGUGAUUGCACGCACAGAGAUAACUUUUACUUGGAAAUUAGAUCUCCUUUCACAAGGGCAGCACAACAGGUGACUUGCCAUUGCUGGUGUUUUAACAUCACCACCCAGUUAUCCUCCACACACGUUUCAUGUGUCAGAAUAGCAAAUGAUCUGAAAGUGCAGAGACUUGGUGAAGGAGAGACGACUUCUGCAAGAGGUAUAUGAGGGAGGAGAGGCUGAAUUGGCCCAUCUACCUUCGCGUCGACAGAGUCUGAAAUUACAAAAUCAGGUAGCGCGCCAGGAUAACAAGGGACCUGGCUGUGGGUUAAAUUCAGCAGCAUCAGCAAACGUGUGUUGACAGAUCCGUGGCUGAAUCCUCGGAACAAGGGAUCCCUACAUGAGGAAACCUUGCAUCUCAAGUCUGGUCCCAAAGCAUCCCAUUUGCCUUGCAACUAUGUAUAUGGUGCUUAAAAUAAAACAAACAUAAAAAUACAAUAAAGAAGAUAAGAAGAAGA